AUGCAUUGUCAGAAGCAGCUACAGAUCCUGAAAAUGGUUUUGUUUGCAGUCUUCAUGCACAGUUUAGAUUUGACCAAUGGCGCUGUAAUGAUCACACGACCAGGUGGUUCCAAUGAAGACUGUGAACGACUUUGUCGGGAGGAAGCAGAGAUUGAAUGCAGAUUUUACCAGUACAAUAGUGCUAAGUCUUUGUGCACUUUGACAUCGGAACUGGAUCCGACUAUACCCGACCUAAAAAAGCUCGGGGAAACUGAGACGAAAACUGCAGAAUCGUGGGUGUCUCAGCUUCAGGCUCGGAUACUGGUGCUAGAGCAGAAGGUGGUCGAUGUAAAGAAUCUGCACAGAGAAAUCGCCGAGCUCAGGGGAGAAAUUGAAGCCAUGAAAAAUGCCAGGGCAUUAACCCAUCAUUUGUUACGGACCAAUAAGGAGCAAAGUGACCGGAACAUCGCAGCUGUCGACGACAAAGUGGAGAUGGCCCGAGGAGAUAUGAAGAGAAUGGAAGAUACGAUAUUGAGCCUUGGCGACAUGCAGAAAACUGUCAGCAACCGAAUCCGGCAGCUAAAUGAAGACUCAAAGGCAACAAGUUUAACGGUCACUAUGCUCUCCCAGAUGUCCAAAGAUACACACAGCAACUUGCGAGAAACCGGAGCUAGCAUCUCGGAAAUCAAGACAAGUAUCUCGGACCUGAAGAAAUCUAUCACCGACCUCCAAGUUCGUUUUGCUGGUCUCUCCACCGACGUGAUGGAAAAAGUAGCCACCGUGGACGCAAUGGUGGGACCAGAGUUGAAAGAACUGAAAUACUCUCAAACGACGUUGGCCCAAGCACUGGCUCUCUUGACCAAGAAAAUAAUGGUUAUAUCCCCACGUAUCCCAGAAAUCCAGAAAGGACUGUCGGCCAAAGAAGCGAAAUUUUCCGUGGUGGAUAUGAAUCUGCAAAAUCUGGGCAGGCAGAUUUCAUUUUUGACAGAAAGGAUGUCUUUCUCCGAGGGUCAGCUGAAGAAACUUGUUGAUCCGUCGUCCAGGUUCAAUAUCCAGCGACGACGAACUCUGUCACAAAUCCAGUCUCAGGUAGAUUCCCUGACCAACACUCAAACCAGGCUGCAGAACGAUUUACUAGCUGAUAACUCAGAUCGCAGUCGAAUAUACAAAGAGUUGACAUUCCUCAAACUGAAAAAGAAGGCCAUCAUUCAGGAGAUGAUGAUGAUGCAUGAAGAGAUGCGGGCCUUCAAAAGAACUCUGGAGACCAUCAUAUCAAAACAGCCAAAAGACCAACUGGUGUCCAACAUAUUAAAGCGGCAACUAGCGACUUUGAAAAGCCUAAAAAGAAUGCGGUACACACAGUUUGAGAUUCAAACCGACCUGACGAAAUAUAAGACCCAAGUGAAUAUUGCCCAGCAUGAGAUGUUCAGGCAAGUUGAAGACCAGAGGUCGGCCAACCAAGCCCUCCGGAUACUACAGGCCCAGAUUCUUACCGUCUUUCGGAAACUAAGUUUUAGAGUGGAACAUGACAACACUAGAGAUUUCGUGAAGAAGCUGAUCCAAGAACACAACAAGGCGGCCCAUAAGAUAAAUGCCCUGCAACACGAGCACAACAACGUAGUGCAGACGUUGCUGCAGUUCAAGUUUGUCCUGCUCAGCUCAAAGAAGUCGCUGCAGAAGCAGAAGCAGCAACAAGACAACUCCAAGGUCAGGGUAGCGGGUUUGGAGAAACGGACAGUCCAGUUGUAUAAAAUGUUGGUGUUGGAGAAGACAAGGAGGAAUUUGUUCAGAAAAACAGCAGCAGACCAAUUACAGAAACUAACAAAAUCUCAGUCGGAGACGUUGCGGUUCCUGACCCUGUACAGAAAUGAAGUGAGGAAAACACAAGCCGAGAUGUAUGAAGAAAAGAAACAACGACUCAGCGAAGGGUGGAAAUUGGCCGAGUUACACCAACAGCUGAAGAAGCUCAACCAGUCUUUGGCUCCACUGGUCAAACGUGGGGGAACAUUGAAUUCAUUUACGGGAAUGAUACGUCAGUCGGUAGAGAAAGAACUAGAUCGCCGAGCUAAAAUGGAGGAUAUUAAGGAGAAGCACGCGGCUUUGAUGAACGCCGCCCACGCCGCUGUUGUGGAAGAACUCAACAGGCAAGCUAAACUAAGGGACAUGAGGGACAGACAAAUGAUGCACACUGACUGA